AUGUCAAGGGUGUUCCACCAGAAUGUGAGCCUGGCACUCUCUUCAACGGCAAGCUUUGCAUCAGUGAACGGCCCUCUUGUGGGAAAGAUACCCAUUCUCGAAGGAGAGCAUUGCGUCUCAAACAAGGAAACAAAUUGGUGGGCCAUCAUUGCCUUUGCCUGUGAGCCUCCCAAGUGUCCCAAGGGAACCAUCUUUGACAAAGCCAGCCAAGAUUGUGCGUUAAAGCAGGAGCCCAAAUGCAAAGAAGGUGAGGUUUACAAUGGCGAGCAUUGUGCCCUGGCAAGUGGCCGGCGCAUCGACUACCAAUUCUGCUCCACCGUAGGAGCUGGAACUUCAGAAGGCCAGAAGCCGGAUGGUGCCAAGGAACAGGGCGAAUGGAUACGGAAACAGUGGAUGGGUCCUGAGAAACAGGACACUGAUGGUGGAUGGGGAGGAGGAGGUGGCUGGAAGCCUGACGAUGGUAAGAAACAGGAGUCUCCUGGUUGGAAACCAGGACCAUGGAAAGACAGCCGACUCCCGGCGGAUGGGAGGAGGAGGCUGGGGAGAAAAGUUAGUAUAGGAUUGCUGAAGGUCAUGAUCCUGAUAUUUCGACAUAGCUUCAUUCCUCGAAAAUAG